AUGUUGAGAGCCGUAGCUACUGCCGGGCUUGCUGGCCUGGCCAUUGUCUUUCCUUCUGGCGCCGAAGCCGGUUCUCGUACGCGCAAGACGCGGCAGCUCACCCACAGCCAGUACAUCAACGCGACUCACACCAAUGUCACCAAUGUAGAGCUUCACAUUGACACAAAAGACACGUCUGCCCGCAAUGACACUGCGCCAUACCUGUACGGUCUCAUGUUCGAGGACAUCAACCAUUCCGGUGAUGGCGGCAUUUACGCGGAACUGAUCGCCAACCGAGCGUUCCAAGGCUCAGGUAUCGUACCAGGUCAAUGGAGUGGCCUAACAGGCAACGUCAUUGUCAAUAGCGAGAACCCCAUAGACCCCUACGGUCCGGUAUUAACUGGCUGGGGUGCCAUUGGUAACGUUCGGCUGUCCCUCGACAGACUCCACCCGCUCUCGGAUGCCUUGCCAGUUGCCCUACAAGUCGACGUAGCUGCGAACGCCACGGGUGAGGUUGGCUUUUUAAACUAUGGCUGGUGGGGCAUGGACGUGUCGCCACAGACGUACAGUGCUUCAUUCCACGUACUGGCAAACGCUCCACGCUACAAUGACACAAAUGUCGGCUUCACGGUCUCCCUACGUUCAAAUCUUACGGGCGAGGUGUGGUCUAAAGCGGAUAUCCCACCGGCGAAGCUGCCCACGUUUGACUACGUGCAGCUGAACACGACGAUCGAGAACACCGCCACCGCACCCAACUCGAACAACACGUUCGCCCUCACUAUGGAUGCGUCUCAAGUUGCGGGCCAAACCUUAUACUUCGAUUUGAUCUCGCUCUUCCCUGAAACUUUCAAGGGUAGGAAGAAUGGACUGAGGAAGGACAUUGCUCAAGCCUUUUACGACAUGAAGCCCCGCUUCCUUCGCUUCCCUGGCGGCAAUAACUUGGAAGGCGUAUCAACCCAGACGCGCUGGAAGUGGUGGAAGACGAUCGGCCCGCUCAAGGACCGCCCGGGCAGGCCAGGCAACUGGAACUACUACAACACGGACGGGCUAGGCCUGCUCGAGUAUCUCGAAUGGUGCGAAGACAUGGAAAUCGUCCCUGUGAUUGGUGUCUACGCCGGCUUUUCGCUCGAUAUCUGGGGCCAAGAUGGUACCGACUGGCCCGAAGACAAGUUCGACGAGGUCAUCCAAGAAGCUUUGGACGAGCUCGAGUACUGCAUGGGCGACACGUCGACCAAGUGGGGUGCGGUGCGCGCCAAGCACGGCCACCCCGAGCCCUUCGACAUCAAGUUCAUCGAGAUUGGCAACGAGGACUGGUUCAGCAAAACCUACCCGUGGCGCUUCUCGCGCAUGCUGGCGGGGCUCAAGAAGGUCUACCCGGACAUUACGUACAUCUCGACAGCGUACAACGAGAAUGACGACUACGUGAUUGACAUCCCGGAGGGCGCGUACUGGGACACGCACCACUACGCGGAGCCGUCAUUCUUCAUCGAGGACUUCGACUUCUACGACAACUGGCAAGCCACGACCAACAACACGGACGUGGGGGUGCUGCUCGGCGAGUUCAGCGUCUACCAGAUCGACACGCCGUCCGGGGAAGUCAACUACACGAACCCGCCGGACGUGCAUAUAGCGUACCCGCAGCUGCUGUCGGCCAUCGCGGAGGGCGUGUACGCGCUCGGCGGCGAGCGCAACCCGGACGUCGUGCGCUUGUCGUCGUAUGCGCCUAGCUUGCAGAACAGGAACUGGUACAACUGGACCCCGGACAUGAUCUCCUUCACUGCGAACCCGAAGGAAACGGUCCUGAGCGCCAGCUAUUGGCAGCAGUGGCUGUUUGCGCAUUUUAGGGGCACCCAGACCCUGCCGGUUAGGAAUGUGAAGGGCGCGUUUAACCCGCUGUUUUGGGCCUCGAGUAUUGAAGAGAAGGAGGGCGUGGUGCUUUUGAAGGUCAUAAACAUCGGCAACCAAACCGUCCCCCUCUCCACCAGCCUCGACCGCGCCUACUCGAGCGUCAACGGCACCAUCCUGACAGCCAAAUCGCUGGACGCUUUCAACACGGCCGAGAACCAGAAUGCCGUCGUGCCGCGCGCGCUGAACCUGUCGGCUUCGGCGUCCGCGCUGCACAAGCGCGAGGGCGCGUUCAACUGGCAGGUGCCUCCGUUUUCGUUGACGGUGCUGCAGUUUGAUGUCUAG